AUGCGUCUUAAUCUAGCGCUUUUGGGACUGAUUACCGCAGCUGCGGCCCAAACCUACACUGACUGCAAUCCGACAAAACAAUCAUGUCCCGCAGACACUGCGUUUGGACAGUCGGACAAGACCUUCGAAUUCUCAAGUGCAUCCGAUGCCUUCAAGUCGAGUGGUUCCGUGACAUAUGAUUCCACCAACGGCGCAACGUUCACCAUUUCCAAGCAGGGAGAUGGCCCCCUGAUCCAGUCAGGCUGGUACAUUAUGUUCGGCCGGGUGGAGUUCACCCUGAGAGCAGCCCCCGGGACAGGUAUCGUCAGCAGCGCCGUCCUACAGUCCGAUGAUCUUGACGAACUGGACUGGGAAUGGCUAGGCGGAAGAAGUGACCAGGCCCAGAGCAACUACUUCGGCAAGGGUGACACAAGUACAAAUAACCGCGGCGCUUUCCACGACAAUCCUGGGAAUCAGGAUAUCUUCCACACAUACUCCAUCGACUGGACGAGCACUCAAAUUGUGUGGGCUAUCAACGGGAAGACGGUCCGGGUGCUUACCCCCCAAUCAGCCAACGAGGGUAUGUACCCGCAGACUCCCAUGAUGGUCAAGGUGGGCGCGUGGGCCGGUGGAGAUUCGAAUAACCCCCAAGGCACCAUUGACUGGGCUGGCGGCACGACGGAUUACAGCCAGGGUCCCUUCAAGAUGUACUUGAAGUCCCUGACUGUGACCGACUAUUCAACGGGAACUGCAUACAAAUACGGCGACACUAGCGGCACAUGGCAGUCUAUUAUCGCCGAAGGAGGCCAGGUCAACGGCAACAGUGGGUCUGAGCCCACGUCGACCGAGUCUGCCCCCGCAAUCACUUCAACCGCCGAGAAUGCUCCAGUGCCCUGGAGCGGCACACACAAAGAGACCUCUAGCUGGGUCACUCCGAAUGUCUGGCCCUGGGUAGCUUCCGGCUCGCCUACGGCUGGGUCCACCGGAUAUCAUUAUGAUUGGGAGUCCAGCUCAGGCCACAAUAAGCCUCCGAGUGGAGGUUCAGCGGUCUACCUCCCGCUUUAUAUGAGUGGUUUCGCCUUCCUAUUCGGUUGUCUUUUCCCGCUUUGGCGCUAA